CUUACGAACACGACCUUUCCUCAACAACAGCCAAUUGUCCUGAGUAACAGUUGAUCACUGCAAUUGUGAUUGGGGAUGGCGGCGGUCAACACAAAAUACGUCGAGCUGGCGAAGCAGCUGCACCCGCGGCUGUCCCGUUUCUUCGCCAAGUACCCUCCAAAUCAGAUACUCCCGGCCUCGACGAGGACAAACACGAUCGCGGGCGGCGCAACGCCGAAUCCCUUCCUACCGCACAAACACCCGGUGACCGGGAAGUGGCACGAUCCAGAGUACUCCCUCAGGCGACAGGCAGAACUCGUAAAGUUAGCGCGGGAACAGGGAGUCGAAGAGCUAUUACCUUUCACAUCUAAGGGUACUGAGGAGAGAAUACGGCACAGAGUCGAGCACGGUCUCCGCGUUCGUGGUACGGGUGUUGGACAGUCGGUCAAGGGUCACAAGCACGAAAGAAUGCUGGCUGCAAAGAUGGAGAAGAGGAGAACGGCUAUGUUGGGUAUGCCCAAACUCGUCAGACAAUGGCGGAAGCUUGGGAAGAACAGGUGGACAAAGUAUCCACGGUAAACGAAUGUAUCAUGAUAUUAAGGCAGUAUAUAGCCAACGAAACAAAAUGUACAAAAUUCAUGUAUCCGUUUGUACGAAAAUCCGUGAUCUUAUCCCGGGAAAUCAAGAAACCACUCUUGCCCUCGUGC